AUGAGCCAACAGAUACCUUUAGAAAGAGUAAGGCAAACACAAGCGACGUUUGUUUCGCGCAAUGCAGCAUCGCACCUAUGUUCAGACGUGCGCAGUGUAGGAGUAUCGCUCGAGUGUCUAGCGACGUUAAACAGUCUGCUCGAUGAGAUAUUGGCGAGGGUGUUGGCGCAUGCACACAGUUUUAGACUUGCACUCCUACGCAGAGCGAUACUGGACGUCAUAGGCGUGAGCUUUGGACAGAAUGCCAUUACCGAGGCUGAAAUGAAGCUCCAAGUGAGCUAUCCGUUGGGGAGUUAUUAUAGCGGCGGAGGUAACGAGAACGGAAAUGGAAAACUAGGGCAGUUCCCACUAGACGACGCGUUUAAUACACUGCGGUACAACGCCAUCCUCAAAUCCAAAUACUCGGAUCCGGGACUGCAGUCACUCACACUAGCAGCCACGCUCGAGACCAAGCUGUACGAAUCGCUUAGUAACCACGUGCUGGAUCUGGGGAGCAUUCCAGUUGCGGGGAUAUACAUGUCGGGGGUGCUGGAGUGCGUGACGGAGACGAUAUGCGCGGAUAUCGCAACGGUCGUUGUGCGCUCGAGUACCAAACAUGAAGCGCGUCUCGAAGACCUCUACGAUGCAAUACAAGGUGAGAAUGAUCACGUCAACAGCGUUAUACAGGGGAUGCUGAUGAAGGAUGAGAUUGAGCUGAAAGUGAAUCAGGCGGAGGAGAGAAGGCGGUCGAUAACGAGUCAAGUUAGUGCGAUCAGCAGGAUAUCGCAGGCGACGCAAGGGAAUAGAGUUGGUAAAAGCAGGCCACCAUCUAUAGAUACAGCCCAAUCAAAUACAAUGCAUAGACACUCUUCAAGUAUCGGCGCUAGGCUGUUCAGUGGUCUGCACACACCAGUCAGCGCAACUAGCAGGGAUAGCAGGGACAGCACAGACAGUACCACUAUCGCUGGCAGACGCUCCUCCAGUUAUCUUAGGAAAUUAAAAAAUACUCCGGAAAUUUGUGAAACAGAAAGCACGGACAAGAAAAUAUUCGACAACAUUUUGAAUAACAAGGAUACGGUGAAACUAUCAUUAACACCUACGACAGUACACACACAGAAAGCAAGCAAUAUGAGCUACGCGCACGCGGCAAACACUAUACACACCAUAGACACGCUCAAUGAAGAUCACGAGCUGGACGAUUCCGAUGAAGUGGACUCGCUCAGUGAAGAAAUCGGCAGAAAACCCAACAAGAAGGAGUCGCUGAUCGAUUUCCUCAAUAGCACACCGCCCUGGGAAAACGGCGGUGGGCGUGUACCUCAUAACCCACACCAAUCACACCACAGCCUGCCUUCGUCCGUAGACGACGAGCAGCACGGACGCACACCAGGACUGUCCAACUUCAGCCGCGACCUCAUAGCGUUCCUCAACACAGAACCGCCCGGCGGAACACCGAAGCCAUUGAACGAGAAGAAGAGCACCAACAAAUUCAAGAGCAUUUUCAAGGGCAAAGGGGGUGGUGGCAGUGGUGGAAGUGUGGCCAGUACAGGCAGCGGUAGCGUCGAGAGCCAUAAUAACAAGAAGACGGCGAAUAAAAUUAGCGUUCCUGCGUCUGUCCUCCACACUGCAGCAUCGAGUAACGGUCUGAAUGGAUUGGGCGGCGCGGGAAGCGUGAGCAGUGCGCGCAGUACCAGUCUAGGACACACAAGUGCAAUGAGCAAUGCGCGCACAACCACCGCACCCAAAUCUAGUUUUUCCACAUUGCGCUAUUCGGAGCCAGACAGGCAGUCAGCGUAUUCGGAGGAAGCGGGAUCGGGAGCAGGAGCAGGGAUUGGAGUGUCAAACUCGUCGUGUCCACCGCCAAUACUGACGAAUGGAUAUGGCCAUACACCUCCUGCACCUGCACCUGCACCUGCACCAACGCAAACAACAGAAAAACUUCCUCCGAUUCAGUCACCGUUGCCCAUGUCGACAUCAUUCACCAGAUCGCCCUCUCCUCAGCUAUCGUUGUCGGCGUCAGUAUCUCCGGCGUCGUAUGUGCAUAUGCAGCAGUCUCAACAGCAGCAGCUACCGAUCGCAAGCACGAGUUCUGCGAUUGCAGAUCAGUACGCAGCGGCUGUGCUGAGACGAACGCAGUCUACGCAUCAGAAUUUGAAUUUGAACAGCGCAAAUGGAAGUGCAAAUGCGAAUGCGAAUGCAAACACCAACACAAACAAUAACAAUAACACUAACGCCUCCGCCAAUCUCACUCCACCGCUGCCAUCACUCCCCUCAUAUACCAGACCCAGCAGUCCAAAGGCGGAAGAGGUAUACGGCACACACAGCCCGUGCAGUCGGUCGCACAGCACCUCCCAGAGUCUACGACGCGACGGGAAGCCGUCGCCAAUCCGCAAACCUGUCCCAGCGCUGGACAGUGGGGGAGAAGUGGGAGAAGAGAUUGAAGGUGGAGAGAGGCAUAUGACGCAGCGGGCGAACGAGGGAAGGGGACACAAUGGGGCGCAGCAGCACAAUCAAAAACAGACCCAAACCCAGACCCAGAAACAGACACAGAAGAACGAUUCACAAACCGAGAAAGAUAAGCACGACAGCACAUCCACCAACGAACGCUACAGCACAGCUGUGCAGACAGCCAGCAGGGCAAGCAGUCAAACACCCUACUCUCAGCACACACGCGACACGGAUGAUGCAUAUAUACACAAAGGUACACUUGUCAAGAUGCACAACAUACUUGCACAUGCACAGACGGCUGACGAAUGCAGGCUGUACCUCGAUGCCUUCCUCAAGAGCGUGAAGGUAGCCAUGCCGCAAGAGGAAGAGGAUGGGGCUGAGGGUGAGGUGGUAUCGGGGGCGUCAGGUGUGUCAGGCAGCUCAGCCAGUGCAAGGAUGUCAGGCGCGUCAAGAGCCUCAAUGCAGCCGCAACAGAGCACCGGCGAGCUGAGCCACCAUGCGGAUAUCAAUGAAGUGGGUGUGAGCGGGACUGGGAGCGCGAUUGUUAGCGCCAGUGCCAUUCCCAUGUCUAUCAGCGAAGAUAGGAGGGAGGACGAUGAUGAACACACUCAAUCCCCCUCCAGGCAAGCCGUCGAGAUCGACCACGCCAGCUCACAAUCAUCCCUUCCGCAUCUCGUUGGGCAGCAAGGCAGCAGUGAUGAGAUGGAUGAAGUGGAUAAUGCGGAUGAGAAGGAGAGGCCAAUUCGGUACACCUACACACAUACACAUUCACCUACGGAAAUGAGCACACCAGGGGCUACACCCAUCACCACACCCAUAACGCCAACAGCUACUUCACCGUAUAGAAGCGACAACAGGACUUCAGAGGAUAACUUUGUUACCAAGUGGCUGAUGGGAGAUAGUCAGGCACAUACAGGAAACGGAAUCCAGGUGGAGAUCACGGAUAGUGGUGUUUAG